GUGAUUCCGGUCUGAAGCUCGUUUGCGUCUCUUUCUCCUCCAUCUUCUUCUUCCUCUCUAUCCUUUUGGUCCACCUCUUUCCUUCGAUCUGAAGAAGAAUUAGAAGGGAAAAGACAAAUAGUAGGAAGAAUUAUCGCUUUUCUUGCAUGUUUAUAAGGGUUGGAGAGAAAAUUAAAAACCAGAGAGUGUUUUUCAGGGUAGUAACAUUGCAUGGCCGCCGGGAUCUUUACUGUGGAGUCUGAGAUUUCGAACUGUAGCCGUAUGGUCUGAAGCCCAGUCAUGGGAAGGUUCCAGUGGUUAAAGGUGGCAAUUUUAUUCUAUUUACUUUCAGUUUCUGGAGGGAGAGAACUUCAAGUCAAGCACAAGGACCAUGCAUCGGUCUACAAUCACACUCUUGCCAAGAUAUUAGUGGAGUAUGCUUCUGCGGUGUACAUGUCAGACUUGACUGAACUGUUUGCAUGGACAUGCUCAAGGUGUAAUGAUAUGACAAAGGGAUUUGAAAUUAUAGAGCUGAUUGUUGACGUCCAACACUGCUUACAGGCAUUUGUUGGGGUGGCACAGGAUCUUAAUGCUAUUGUAAUUGCAUUUAGGGGCACACAGGAACAUAGCAUACAGAAUUGGAUUGAAGACCUAUUCUGGAAGCAGCUUGAUCUAAACUACCCAGGCAUGCCUGAUGCAAUGGUGCACCAUGGAUUUUAUUCUGCAUAUCAUAACACAACUAUUCGCCUCGGGGUUCUUGAUGCUGUUAAAACGGCAAAGGAGCUGUAUGGGGACAUCGGAGUCAUGGUGACAGGGCAUUCAAUGGGAGGAGCUAUGGCUUCCUUCUGUGCACUUGAUCUUGCAGUUAAUCAUGGAGUCCGUAUUGUUCAGUUUAUGACAUUUGGACAGCCCCGUGUUGGCAAUGCUGCUUUUGCGUCUUACUUUACCAAACAUGUACCAAAUACAAUUCGCGUCACAAAUGAUCAUGAUGUUAUCCCACAUUUGCCUCCAUACUAUUCUUAUUUCUCAAAGAAGACAUACAAACACUUCCCUACAGAGGUGUGGCUCUACAAUGUUGGAUUUGGAAGUCUGGUUUACGAGGUGGAGAAGGUCUGUGAUGGUUCUGGUGAAGAUCCGACUUGUAGCAGAUCUGUUACAGGUAACAGCAUCUCAGACCACACGAUGUACUUUGGUGUUGAACUAGAGGCUGAGACGUGGGGUUCAUGCAAAAUUAUUACGGAUUCUCGUAUGUUGAGCUAUGGAAAAACAGAUCAAAACGGAAACAUAGUAUUGUCGAGGGAUCCUGCGACGUCAGUAUUAAAACUGAAUACACAAACAGCUGUUUCCUAAUUUGGCAACAAGAAGAUGAGUUUGCCUUAGGUAAUGGCUGAAGAAUUUCAGGCUUGGACUUCUGAGAGCAGAUCCUUGCAAUGGGGGUUGCUGGGAGGAGUCCCUGUAGAUAGAUGUUAUAUUAUGUACAUCUUAGUAGCUUUGUGAACAUAAUGCAGGUUUAUGGACUUUCUAUUGGGAUGAUGGUCUGAUUGUGGACUUUCAUAACUUUUGUAAUUUAUUUAUGUACUAUACCUGUUCACUUCACUUCCCACAAUGCCAUGGUGGCAAAUCGCAUCAAUGAAAGGGCAUGAGAUUGAUCCAUUCAGUA